AUGUGCUUACGUAACUUUCAGUGUCGGUUCGCAUCGUUACCUGUCCAUCUCGGUCGUCGAGGGCACGCCAAGUACUGGUUCGCUGACGGUUCCGUUAUUGUCACCAUCUAUCAGACACUCAGCAAUCGCGACCCGGAGCGAGAGACGGUUCUAUUCAAACUACAUUCGAGCCUGCUCCCUCGACACUCCACAUACUUUGGCUGUGUUCUAAAAGGUCCGGGUACAGACGAAGGGGAGUCAGUGACAGUCCCACCUGGACUUGGCGUACGGGUGGAAGAAUUCGUGUCAUUACUGGAACAUCUAUACCAUGAUACCCCUCUAUCGUCAAACUACUUAGAAGCGAUGUUUCCAAGUGGUCCUUUUCCAUUUACGCAUCCCAAUCAUCUCGAGGAGGCAUUGGCACUGACGACGACGUAUGACGUCAGAUCGCCCCGUCACGAUAACAGUCAAGGUGACAUCGUCGAAGAUUCGAAGACGAGACACAGUGUCCUGUCGCCCGCAGAUGUAGAGAGACGCGGGAGGUUGAUGGCUGGGAUUGUGGAUCAUUUCACGCCCAUAUUGUUCACACCGCCCGCAACGCCACACAUGGCAUGCACGGGCGUGUUUGCCGAUCAAUGGAUGUCACUCGUCAUCCCCUCCGCGAUCUCAGAUGGUGGGGUGUACAAACCUCUCGAGACCCUGGAAUCCAUAAAGCAACUCGAUUGGGCAGCUGAGGGAUUAUGUCCUGAUUGGACAGAGGAGCAGGCUGUAGUGUGGGAGAAGGUGGGCAGUUGGCUUGGCUAG